CUACACCCCCAUGUGCAAAGACGUUUCGAGCGUGCAGAAGCUCCUCAUCAGUGCUGGAGCCGACUCAUCCGCUCACGACUCCAAGCAGCACACUGCCAAAUACUACUCGAACCACGUCCAAGAACUAGAAUUGCCAAACUCGCAAAAAUCGACUGUCAAUUCCGGCAAGCUCGGCCCCCACCCAGAGAGUCUCAGUUUCAAGAAGUCGAACAUCCGGAUUUGGAUCCACCAGAGGAAUUUGGCGAAUUUGCAGCAGGUGGUGUGGGAGGGACAUGGGUCCAAGCUUUUGGUGGAACAUAGCAACAAUUCCAGGAUUAGGAAGUUUCUGGAAGCGGUACCCCACAUAAUGGGUCUGAUCAAAGACAUUCACUCCGACGUGAUCAACGACGAGCUCGAAAGUCUCAAGAAACGCAUCACUCCACCCAUACCUCCCUUGGUACUAACCGGGAAAGACGCCAAUGGUUUGACCCCUCUCCACAAGGCCGCCGGUCUUGGCAGACACGACAUAGCCGAAUACAUCGUCUCGGAGUACCCCAGCUGCAUCAACAUGACCGAUGUUGACGGUCGAACCCCUCUCCACUACGCCUCUUUGCUUAAAGACGACGGCAAAAUGACGACGUUCCUUCUGGACAACGGUGCAGACGAAUCCGUCUUAGAUAAUAAACAAAAGACUGCUGCCUACUACAAGAAUCGAUCUUCAGAGCUCGACUCCAAAAUCUUGACGGUCAUCCCCGAGUGUCCACGAACCGCGAAAGAGUCGUUUUUGUCCACCUUCGACUGGAACCUACUCACGGCGUCUACCCCUACCGAGGAAAUCCACAAAGUUGCCAAAAAGUUAGAGAACGGGAGCGAGAAGGCGAGUCCCGAGGAGAAGGAAACCCCGUCUGAGGAAAAAGCACCCGAAGAACCCAAGGAAGAGGAGGUGGAAGUGGAGGAAAAGGUGGAGACGAACGGGGACUCGAAUAACAACGAGGAGGUAAACGGAAGCGACGAACCUGAAGAGGAGAAAGGUGCAAACGAAGCGCAAGAGGUGGAAGAACCGAAAGAAGCUGAAGCGGAGGUUGUAGACGAAGAGGAGAAGGAACCAGAGCCGGAGCAACCACAACCAGAACCAGAACCAGAACCAGAACCAGAACCAGAAGCAGAAGCAGAACCGGAAGCAAAACCUGAGCCUGAACCAGAAGCCCCACCACACCAAGAACCCGAAGACAUCCCCGAACAACCACCAGAACCACCAGAAGACGACAAAGAUAACGUUGAGGAUCAAGUCAAUGAGCGUCCUGCUAGCACCACUAGUCAGAGCAAGUCGCGCCCGGUGACCGCCAAAGUCGACGACCCCGAACCCGCGACUGAAGUGGAACCAGAAGGGGUCAUUGAAGGUGUGGUCAACGGCGAAAACGAAGUCGAAACGUUGAACGAAGAAGGGCAAGGGGCGGCCGAAGCCGACGACGGCGGCGAUGAUGUCACCGCUAUGGUAGAGGCUGGCAAUAUGGAGCAGCUCGCGUCAUUGGUGCUAAACGGAGAGGGAGACAGACUGAUUGGUCAAAGCAGCGACAACCCUGAGCUUCAAUCGUUUCUAGACAACGUCCAAGUGUACAUGACGAAAAUCAAUAGGAUACAUGUCGCGGCACGGGAUGGCAGUUUACGCGAUCUUCAAGCUGCUUUAGACAGGCGCAAAUUUGCUAUUGCUAAAGACAAGGUGUCUCCAAAUGGGGCUUCGCCUCUUCAUACCGCUGUCAUUUUUGGUAAUACUAGUAUUGUGCGGUACUUGGCGGGGAGGUUUCCUGAAACGGCGCAAGUGACUGAUGAUAAUGGAAGGACGCCGCUGCAUUACGCAGCCGUUUUGCCUGACAAUGGUCACUACUACAACUUAUUGGUACAUUUAGGUGCAGAUUCAAGGACUGAAGACAACUUUGGACACUCCCCGGAGUACUACCGGACGCACCAAGAAGACUUCUCGCACAGGACACUCCUACGUGACUUUGGUGCCGACGAAGCCGUCGCGGACGAAAUCCUCAGUGAUAAAGGUAACGUCGUUCCUAGCAAUGGCAGUAAUAGUCAAGUAGACAUGCCGUUCUUUGCAACGGAAGAAGGUCGGUAUUUGGCCUCAUCGCUCGGAGACCCUUUAAUCAAGGGUUUGACUGAAGUAGCAAACAAACGCCCCGACGACCCCAUCGCCUUUCUGGCCACUUACUUAUACAAUUUUGCGAAUAAUAGACAAAACGUGCAAUCGCGGGGUAAAACACAAGAAAAUCAGCAGACUAUCACAGGCCCGCCGCAGGAAGCGGAUAACAACAACGCGGUUCCUGCGACCAUUGAAGUGGUUACGGUGGAUCCCGAGGACAGCGGGACGGAAGAAGAGUCAGCUUUUAAUAGCACGAGCAGGGACGAACACGGUCAAAGCAUGCUCCACUUCGCUGCCGCUAGAGCCCACGGAAGAAACGCGCUCUUCCAGCUGCUAGUCGAAACUGAAAUCAAUGUAGCGUACCGAGACGAACUCUACAGGACGGCUCGAGACAUCAGCAUCCAAGCAAACAUCCCAGAAAACACACAAGAAAUCGACAGAUACGUGAUGAGCAUCGCUACCAAAGGGGACACUGACAAGCUAGUGGAACUACUGUUAGAUGGGUACGACCACAUUACUGACAUUGUAGACGAAAACGACGUCCCAAUUAUAGAAGCGGUGGCACAACACAACCAACCCGACACAGUAUCGUUCCUUCAGUCAAUUCUAGCAUUCGAGGAGAAACGCGAACGCGUCCACCACGCUAUCCGUUUGGGGUCUAUCAACGACGUCACGUCGCUCCUGGCGGACGAAAAUGACACCGGAAGCGGGAAAUUGUUGGCGAUUGGGAAAAACAGCUACGGGCGAUGUUCAUUGCACAUCGCCGUGCUCUGUCAACAAGAGGAAAUCGUGGACUAUUUGGCAAACACGUUUCCGGAUACAUUGAAGCUUGGAGACAAUUUGGAGAGGACCGCGCUUCAUUACGCUAUGGGGGUCGACAAUAUGGAAACUAUCAGUCGGGUUUUGAUAAAAGCGGGGGGCAGGCGUAUAGUCAAAGACCUAAAAGGCAGACAACCUACUUACUAUUUUUUGAACAAGUCGGAUAUUUUGAGAUUGCAAGAGGAAGAAGAGACGUUUUAAGUACCCAGGUUUUAGUCCAUCUAGUCAAAAAUCACCUUUAUAUUUUUAUACACCUUUUUCAAAUAGAGCUAGAUUUUAUCAUAGACACAUAUUUUGUAAUGUAUUUGUGUGUUACUGAUUUACGUACAACUAGACGUUUCUAAUG